CGUGUGCCCUGACGGCCCGACACUGACAGCGCUGUGGUUUAUGACUGCGACACCACCGAUAUCUGAGCUGAUGUGGGUUAUGUCGCUCUUUGAUCGUGUAUAAUAACGCAUCCGCUUCAAGUCAAAGCUCAAGUGAAGAUGUUGGAGAUUGCCAGCACAAACUGUAUCAAUGGGGUUUAUUAAUUUUGUCACCGUGACUGAGAUUGCCACUUUGGAAUUCACACUCAGACUCAUUCAUUGACUGAUGGGAAUAGGAUGCAAACAUGAAUUCGUAUUUCAGUAAGGGUUCAGUUUCAUUGUUUCGUUUUGUGAACAGGACACAAGAUAUUCAGUAUCGUGGAUGUUUAAUGGUAAAGAGACGAUCAUUUCAGAACAGCGCUGUCGCCCCGAGCAAGUUUCCUAUCAAAAGCGAACAAUCGCCCAAACCCAAACAAUUCUCUCGGUUUCGACCUUUACACCAGGAUGGGAAGAAAUCUCAGCGUGUUCUCCCCCAGAUUGAAGUUUCAGACUACCCAGAGCUCGGCGAAGAAGAACCCAACAGUUCUCUUCCCUUCAAAGGCCUUGAAACAGACUUCCCCUGUCUCACUCGAGUACAAAAUGCUGGUCCAGAGCCUGAGUACGACAAGAUCACAACGGGAUUCAAGGUCUACAAUCACGAGACUCCAUUCAUGCUGAAGUACAAUGGUGGAAUCCUGCCUCACCUCAAGGUGGCGUUCGAAACGUGGGGAGAGCUGAACGAGGAAAAGAACAAUGCUGUGCUUAUCUCUGCUGGUCUGUCUGCCAGCUCACACGCCAAGAGCCACCAGGAAAAUGUCCGACCGGGAUGGUGGGAGAAGUUCGUGGGGCCAGGAUGUGCUGUGGACACCAACAAGUUCUUCGUCAUCUGCACCAACAAUCUUGGAGGUUGCUAUGGCACUUCGGGCCCAUCAUCAGUGAAUCCAGUCACGGACAAGCCGUACGGAACAACAUUCCCCAUUGUCAGCGUAGAGGAUAUGGUCAACGCUCAGAUGCUUCUAAUGGACCAUCUUGGCAUCCAGAAGUUGCACGCCUCUAUGGGCUCUUCCCUUGGCGGGAUGUGUUCUCUCCUCAAUACCGUCUUGUAUCCAGAGAGAGUGGGAAGGUUGAUUUCGAUAUCGUCCUGUGCUCAGUCCCAACCUUCGGCCAUCGCGCUCAGCUACCUCCAGCGAAAGUGCAUCAUGACUGACCACAACUGGAACAAAGGCCACUACUACGACGGAGAUUUCCCCAAAAUCGGAAUGAAACUGGCCAGGGAAAUUGCCACCUUGACCUAUCGCAGUGGUCCCGAGUGGGACCAGAGGUUUGGGCGUGGUCGUAUCAACGACAGAGAUCCCCCGUCUCUGUGCCCCACGUUCCACAUAGAAAGCUACCUGGAGUAUCAAGGAGAAACCUUCAGCAACAAGUUCGACCCUAAUUCUCUCCUGUAUAUGUCAAAGGCAAUGGAUCUGUUUGAUGUAUCUGAGGGCUUUGAUUCAUUAGAGGUGGGGCUAUCUCAAGUGACCUGUCCAGCGAUGGUCAUUGGCAUCCAGACGGACAUCUUGUAUCCCAUAUGUCAACAGCGCAAACUGGCCCAGGUGUUGCAGGAUGCAGGUAAUGACGCCGUUACCUUUUAUGAACUCAACUCAAUGUACGGCCAUGACACAUUCCUCCUAGAUCUGAACGGCGUCGGCACUGCAGUGAAGGGCUUCCUGGAGACGGACAUGUCUGAGAGAGGAAUACUGGCCAAGGAAGCAGUCAAGAGGAAGGUUUCCAUGAAGACCAAUGUCAACCUGGAUUCCUGAACCCAGAGAAUCCAAAAACAGGAAUGCUAUUGCCUCAAAAUAUUGUAAUAUAAGGAAUAUAUCAAGGGAUGCCUUUUACCAUUUACAAUGUUUCCAUAAACAGUUGUGUAUUGUCAGGGAUAGGAUUAGACCUACAAGGGCCGUUUUCUCUUAAAUCACCUGUCCCAAAAAAUCCUAGCAAGUUAAUUCGAGCUUUUCUUAUUCCACCUUAGACAUCAUCAGUGAUUUCACUUUUGUGGUCGGAACCAUGAUCUUAAUAUUUCCCCAAAUGGAGUUAGUUGUCUGUGAGUAUGAUAUCAGUAGUCACAGUCCUCUGAAGCUGAUGAUGUCGCUUGAUCUUCCUCAGUUUUUAUCCAGAAAGUAUUUCAAUGACAGCUACUUUUCUAAGGUGGCUGUAUCAGUUAACAUUUGUUCGUUACUUAUCCAAGUGGGCUAUAGUUGGAUCGCUGGAUCACAGGUUUGGGAGGUUCACAGUUGGAGCAGAGUUUUCAGCCUCAUCAAUGGUGUGAUUUAUUUUGAAUUAUGUGAAAUCUUCUUUUAAAAAAUGAAGGAGUAUAUUUGGAAUUUCUAUUUGAGGACAAGAAACAAGACGCUAUAACUGUGAUGUACUGAAUCAACUAUAACAGAUCAAUUUGGCAAAGUCAUCACCAUUGAACAUCAUGGGUUUGAAAAAAAUUAAGUAUGUAACGUGUCAUGUAUAAAUGGAAGAGAAUAAAUCAUUUUUCAAAUA